GUAGUCAUAGUGGUUGAUGCCGCAACUGAUAUUUUUGAAAUUCUUCUUCAAUAUCAUCGUUUUCAAUUGUGUCAUUCAUAGCAUCUCAUGACAUUCAGUAAAUUUUUUCGUUAAGAUUUGAUGGAAAGGAAAAUUGUGGUGUACUGAAAUUAAUGUCUAUAUCAGAAAUAAGCGCAACCAUGAGAAUGUUCUGAAAAUGCAAAUCCAAGUUUCUACCAGGAGUGGUUGUCCAAUGCAAGUCAAAUGAUGAAAUCUCAUAUGUUAAUGAUAUUGCAUAGCCAGAGGAUCCUGCUCAGCUGGAUGAUCUUGCAUGGCUGGAAAGUCUCACAAAUACUGAUUGGUCGAAAUAAGCAAAUGCCUGUGGAUAUUAUUGUUCUUGUGACUUUUGAGACGAAGUUCUUUGUGUUAUGCUGACCAAAGAUCUCCUUGAAGCAUCUUCCGUUGAUCACCUAGCAGCAGUGGAAGACGACCGACGUGGAACUGCAAAGGUUGAUCUACUGGGGUCUUGCGGUCUAUCAUCUGUUCUAUAAGACGAACGUGCUUCAAAAUUAUGUCCAUCUAAUCGAUCAAAUACAACAUAAUUAAUGUAUCAGGAGGCUGAGGUGGAUGCUUUGCUAAGUAGAGUGAUGCCCAAGCGCCAUACCACUGCAAAUAAUGAGCUAAUUCUUCCUCUCGGUCUUCUUGUGGUGGGUUUAAUGGGAUUGUUAUCCUCGGUGUACCAAGAAGGUCUUGCUCAGGCAAUAGAAAUGAAGAAGGGUUUGCAUCCUCAGCUGCAGUUUAUUUCUUAUGUGACGCAGAGUGGAAGAUUGAUGCACAUUCUGAUGACAAAAUUGAAUCAUGUUGGCAAAGUUCAUCAUUUAAAAGCAAAGCGUCAAAUAGCUGAGAGUGUUGGCCAGAUUGCAAAAUUCAAGCGCCGAUAUGAGCAAAAUACUGAAGAAAGUAAUGAGAAGUAACUAUUUAUCCUCUUAAAUUGUUGCCUCGUCAUUUCUGCUGCAUUCC